UACCAGCGAUGGCCAGAAUUGUGCUGUAGCUCUGAACUCACAGCUCCUCCUCCCCUGGCCCAUGAGAAUUUGAGCUGGAGAGCCAGCAUGCCCUGGUAAGUGGAAGUCCUACCACUUCAAGACAUGGAGUCAUCUUACCCUUUUGGAGUGAUCCUUGCUGUCCUGGCCUUCCUUAUCAUUGCUGCUAAUGCACUAGUGGCUGUGGCUGUGCUUUUGUUGAUCCAGAAGAAUGAUAGUGUCAGUCUCUGCUUCACCUUGAAUCUGGCUGUGGCUGACACUUUGAUUGGUGUGGCCAUCUCUGGCCUAGUCACAGACCAGCUCUCCAGCUCUGUUCGGCCCACACAGAAGACCCUGUGCAGCCUUCGGAUGGCGUUUGUCACUUCCUCCGCAGCUGCCUCUGUCCUCACAGUCAUGCUCAUUGCCUUUGACAGGUACCUUGCCAUCAAGCAGCCCUUCCGCUACUACCAGAUCAUGAGUGGGCUCGUGGCUGGGGCCUGCAUUGCUGGGCUGUGGCUGGUGUCUUACCUCAUUGGCUUCCUCCCACUCGGAGUUCCCAUGUUCCAGGAGACCAACUACCAUGGGUCUUGCAGCUUCUUUGCUGUGUUUCACCCUCGCUUUGUGCUGACCCUCUCCUGCGUGGGCUUCUUUCCAGCCCUGCUCCUCUUUGUCUUCUUCUACUGCGACAUGCUCAAGAUUGCCUCUGUGCACAGCCAGAAGAUCCGAAAGAUGGAGCAUGCAGGAGCCAUGGCUGGAGCUUACCGGCCCCCUCGGACUCCCAGCGACUUCAAGGCUAUCCGCACGGUAUCUGUUCUCAUCGGGAGCUUCACUCUGUCCUGGGCCCCUUUCCUUAUCACUGGCAUUGUGCGGGCAGCCUGCCAGGAAUGCUACCUUUACCCAGUGCUGGAGCAGUACCUGUGGCUGCUCAGUGUGGGCAACUCUCUGCUCAACCCACUCAUCUAUGCCUACUGGCAGAAGGAGGUGCGACAGCAGCUCUACCACAUGGCCCUGGGAGUGAAGAAGGGGCUCACCUCAAUCCUCUGCCUCCUCUCAGCCAGGAAUGGUGGCCCAGAGAGGCAUGGGGAGAGUUCCUGUCACAUCGUCACUAUCUCCAACUCAGAGCUUGAUGGCUAAGACAGCAAGGGCACAGAAGUUUCCAAGUGCCUUUCUCUGAGCCCCAGCUAGAUCAGAUGAAGCUAAGGGAGUAAGACC